AUGGAGGGAGGUCGUCGACCUGGGAUUAAAAGACCAGCUGAGAUUAAUGAAGAGGACCAUACUACUCCAGUAAAUAAGAAAAGAGGAUAUGAGGUCAUGUUGCCUAGGGAUGUUUUUAGUGGAUUGUCACUUAUUAGAGGAAUAAAGUAUCAAAUUGAUUGUGUGACAGCAUUGGAGAAUUGGCAACAUUACCUUUGGCUAAAAGAAUUUGUCCUACAUACAAAACAUAAGUCCUUGAUUCACUUGCAAGGACAAGGUGGAGAUUCGAGGUCAAAUCCUUUUGAAGAGAGAGGGAAUGAUAGGCCCCAAGAAGGAUUGAGCACCCUUCUGAAGCAAGCUGAAGCAAGAGGCCUCAUUAAAGGCGUAGUUGCUACAAGGGGAGGCAAAAGAAUUAACCACCUUUUGUUUGCUAACGACUGUGUGAUGUUUUGCAGGUCAAAGUUAGAGGAAUGGACCAUCAUUGUCCGUUUCUUAAAAGUCUAUGAAGAAGCUUCUGGACAGACCUUGAACAGGCAGAAAACCUCCAUCCUAUUUAGCUCAAACACUAAUGCUGCUGCAAAAGAAUGCAUUUCCCAACAUGUUGAAGGUGUAAUAUGCGAUAGCUACAACAAAUAUUUGGGUUUGCCUACCAGGGUAGGAAAAUCCAAGUAUAACACGUUCAGAGGCCUAAAAGAAAAGAUUUGGAAAAGGAUAAAUAGUUGGAAGACCUCCUUUCUAUCUUCUGGAAGGAAGGAAAUCAUGAUCAAAAGUGUACUGCAAGCCAUACCAGCUUACACAAUGAGUGUAUUUAAAUUGCCAAAGAUGCUUCUCAAAGAAAUUGAAACUAUGAUUGAAAAAUUUUGGUGGAACCACAAAAAGGAAGGUAGGGGUAUUCAUUGGAAAAGCUGGAACAAACUUGGAUCAGCGAAGGGCAUGGGGGGCCUAGGAUUCCGUGAUCUCAAUUGUUUCAAUAGAGCUCUAUUAGCCAAACAAGGGUGGAGAAGUUUGCAGGAACCCUCAUCAUUGAUGGCUCAAAUAUUCAAGGAAAAGUACUUCAAAUCAUGCAACUUUGUGGAGGCACAAGUAAGCUACUGCCCAUCUCAAAUUUGGAGGAGUUUGAUGUCAGUGAUGGAUUUGAUUAAGGCUGGGUUUGUAUGGAGAGCUGGUAAUGGAAAGAGCAUCAGAGUUUGGAAAGACAAAUGGGUGCCCAUACCUUCCACAUUUUAA